AUUAUGUUUUUCUCUCUCAAAGCCCUCUGAAAUCGCCGACCACGUAUUCUUUGUCCUCCUUCAUGCACCGUCACCAUCCACCGUCGAUGAAACCUAAGCGCCUUUUUAUCCUAUAAAUACCCUCCUUUUUCCAUCUUUUCUCUUCGCCAUGGCUCCCAUCUCGCUCAAGCGCCCCUCAACCCCAUCCCAAAACCUAACCCUCGCCGGCGCCUCCGAGGCCCGUAGCCUCGUACGAGAUGCCAUGCGCACCACCCUCGCCGCUCCUCCUGUUUCUUCGCCUUUAGCCGAGCAGAUCUCGCCGGCUGAGCUUCGGUUUGGCCCUGCUUUAGAUGGCUUCGUGGUGGAUGGCAUGGCUUCCAGGAUCCUUUGCUGCGAGGAAGUCGAUGGCCGGAGAUGGAGCUAUGUGGCGGACGUGGAGCCGUCUGGGAGUCUUCGGACUGGGUCAUCCCUGAAGGCUGUUGCUCUUCAGAACCCUGUGGCUCCUAUUGAUGAACUGGUCUCUUUCAUAAGAUCUUAUGUAGUGCCUGAGGGCUUUCCAGAUAGUGUCACCCCUUCAUAUGUGCCAUACAUGACAUGGAGGGCUUUGAAGCACUUUUUUGGUGGAGCAAUGGGUGUUUUCACAACACAAACACUUCUGAGUUCUGUUGGAGUAUCUAGAAACCAGGCAACUUCAGGUGCAGUUGCUAUUAACUGGAUUUUGAAGGAUGGAGCUGGACGAGUUGGUAAAAUGCUUUUUGCACGGCAAGGGAAAAAGUUCGAUUAUGAUCUUAAGCAGCUUCGCUUUGCAGGUGAUCUUUUAAUGGAGUUGGGUGCUGGUGUCGAAUUGGCAACUGCAGCUGUGCCUCAUCUUUUCUUACCAUUGGCUUGUGCAGCCAACGUGGUCCAGAAUGUUGCUGCCGUGACAUCAACAUCAACACGCACUCCUAUUUACAAGGCCUAUGCUCGAGGGGAGAACAUUGGUGAUGUCACUGCUAAGGGGGAGUCUGUUGGCAAUAUUGCAGAUCUGUUGGGGACUGGCCUCAGCAUCUUCAUUUCAAAGAGGAAUCCAUCCCUUGUGGCUUCUUUUACUUUGUUGUCAUUUGGAUAUAUUUUCAGUUCAUACAGGGAGGUUAAAUCUGUUGUAUUGAAUACUUUAAAUCGUGCAAGAUUCACUGUGGCCGUGGAGUCUUUUCUUAAGACUGGGUGUGUUCCCUCAUUGAAAGAAGGAAAUUUAAAUGAAAAUAUAUUCACUCCUCCAUGGUCAAACCGUACACCUAUUGUUCUUGGUCCAAGAUUUGGGGAUGCAUUUCAGGAGCCUGCUUCAUUUCUUGCAAUAGAACGCAUGUUCGAGAAUGAACGAUACAUUGUUACUUAUAAUCCUGCAAAGGGUAACAUCUAUGCAUUGUUUAAGGAUCAAGCAAAAUCUGAGGACAUCUUAAAAGCAGCUUUCCACGCUCAUGUGCUUCUACAUUGUAUUCGUUCAUCAAAAAAGUACAACUACUUGCGCACUAACCAAUCAACUAUGGGAGAAUCCCUGUCAAACCAUCUGAUGCCAAAAACCAUGGCCUUAGAAUCACAUAUUUUGGAGUCCUGUGACAUUGUUUCAUCUUCCUUCAGAGAUUUCAAAGAAAAGGCAGCUCAGCAGGGAUGGAUAAUGUCGGAUUCAUUACUUAAUCCUGGGCGAGCUCGGCUAUAUGGGUUGACACAGCCAUAAUGUUAUUCAGCCGUAAUGCAUAAUUCAUUGCAAGAAUCUUUUUCUCUGAGGGUUGCUUUUGUUCAGUUGAAGUGCAAAUGACUGGCAUCAGCAACAGAUUAUACAUCCAAUAUCGGUAAACUGUAUAGAGCCUUUGUUUUCCUCCUAAACACAAGUGGCAGAAUUUUUGUUCAGUCUGCUCAGAUAACUGCAUUUGCAAGGAAUUCGGUAGUUGAGUGUACACAACUAGUUCUCCACAUUUUCUCAUAUUUUGAAUUGGUUGAUAUCAUUUAUGAGCUAUCUUCAAUUCUGUUCUUUGAAUGGACUGAAUAGAAGGACUAACAUUUUGGUCACUUUCAAACUCUAGAAGCAUGUCUAGGCUAUCUAUCUAUAUGCCAAAAGCUGGUAGAUUAACCCAAUAUUGCACAUAUCUCAUACCUGUAAAUGUUUCUUCAGCAAAACAGUUUUGCUGUUGUAUUUCACAAAGCAAUGAUGAAUGUGCUAUGCUUUUUA